AUGCAAUUUGUCUAUUCGCCCUAUGACUACGAGCAGCAGCUGCAGCAGUAUCAGCAGUACCAAUACCAGCAGCAGCUUGCUCAGCGACGAGCUCUUGAGGAGUAUUAUCAGCGCCAGUUGAUGCAGGAGCGACUCCGACAGGAGGAGCAGAAGCGACUGGAGGAACAGAAGCGCCAGGAAGAGCUCCAUCAGAAGCUCAUUGAGCAGAAGCGACAGGAGCAACUCCAGGCCCAGCAGUUCCGACAAGAACAGGCCCAGCAGCUGUUUGACUACAUGUACAUGCAGCAGUUGCAGCAACAGGAGUCUGUUCGACGACAGCGGGAGCAGCAGAAGAAGCAGAUCCAGCAGUCUGCUGCCAAGGCCGCCUCUCUGGAAAAGGUCCGUGUGGCCGAAGCCAAGCGACAGGCUGCUCUUCAGGCUGCCCAGGAGGCCGACGCUGCUCGACAAGCCGCUCUCGAAGAGAUUGCCGAGCACGAGAGAUUGGAAGAGGAGAAGCGCCAGGAGGAAAAGCGCCAGGAGGAAAAGCGCCAGGAGGAAAAGCGCCAGGCUGAGGCUGAGGCCAAACUUGCAGCUGAAAAGGCUUCCGAGGAGAAGCGAAAGGCUGAGGCUGAGGCAAAACUUGCCGCCGAGAAGGCUUGUGAGGAGAAGCGACAAGCUGAGACUGAGAAGGCCAAACUUGCUCAGAAAUCGCUUUCCCACUCCGCUCCCAAGCCCGUGCAAUCCGAAGCCGAGGCGUUCGCUGACUACUACUCGCAGCUCACAGGCUGUCCUGGAAACGGCCCUUCUUUUGCUCAGGCUCUCAAACAGCUCGGAGUCAAUGUUCAUUAUCGAUCCGACGAUGAAGAUGAAACCGAGACUCUGGCCGAUGACAAGGAGCGACCUUUGCAGGUUGAUCUUUCGGAGCCCGCCACAAAAACCGAGUCUGAGUCUGCGCCCGAGCCUGUUUCCGAAUCUACCGAUGUUGAUGACGACUCGAACCUCAAGGAGCCUACCGAAGAAAUCCAUCCCCUGGUGGCGUUCCUGCAGUCUCUAGGCAUCCCCGCUACCAUUUCAGAGCCCCAGAUUGCCAAGGCCGAGACUCAGACCGACCCUGAUCUUGCUCUGGCAGACUUUGUCGAGUCUCUGAGCGACGAUGAGCGACCUUCUGAGGCUUCAAAGAAGGCCACCAAGGCCGCUAAGCGAGCCGCAAAGGCCCAGGAGGCUGCCCUCAAGGCCCAGGCCGAAGCCGAGGCCGCCGCCAGAGCCCAGAUCGAAGCCGAACAAGAGCUGAAGCGGGAAAAGCUGGAGAAGAAGAAGUUGGAGAAGAAGAAAAAGGCGGCAAAGAAGGCCAAGACUCAGUCUCCUCCCUCCAAUUCUAUCCCCUCCACCCCCUCAACUCCCCCUAAACCCCUCCCUUCAGUCGUGGUCUACUCGUCUCCUGUCGAUACCGAAAAAGACGUGUCCAAACAGCUGGCCAAACUGGGCUCCGUGGUCGAUCGAUCGGUCGAGACUUACGAGCGAAUCAAAAAGGCCGCCACCCAGUCCGACUCCGAGUACUCUAACUCCGUGUCUUCUUACACGUCGCGAAUCAAGGUAAUUCAGCAGGCCCAGAUCAAACUUGAACAGAUCUACGACCAGCUGGACUCCAUGGCCGUGACCAACGCCGACGAAAAGAAGGAACGAACCCGACUUAUCCGAAAGGCCGUCUCCACCGCCGAAGCCAUCGACUCUGUGGUCGAGCAGCUCAAGUCGGAAAAGUCCAAGAUUGAAAAGUCCGUGUCUUCGUCCGACGAAGAGGAGAUCCCUCGAAAGGUCACCAACAAGACCAACAAGAUCAUCAAGAAGAACAAGACCGUCAACAACGGCUCUCCCGUUCGAAAGGUCACCCUGGAAACCGUUCCGGAUGCCGACUCUGCCUCUGAUUAA